GCCCGGGCUGCACCGCCCCCACCCCCGCCCCCGCCGCCCCCUCCCGGGGCUGACCGCGUCGUCAAAGCUGUUCCUUUCCCCCCAACACAUCGCUUGACAUCUGAAGAAGUAUUUGAUAUGGAUGGGAUACCCAGGGUUGAUGUUCUGAAGAACCACUUAGUAAAAGAAGGUCGGGUAGAUGAAGAAAUUGCACUUAGAAUUAUCAAUGAGGGUGCUGCCAUUCUUCGGAGAGAGAAAACCAUGAUAGAAGUAGAGGCUCCAAUUACAGUGUGUGGUGACAUCCAUGGCCAAUUUUUUGAUCUGAUGAAACUUUUUGAAGUAGGAGGAUCACCUGCUAAUACACGAUACCUUUUUCUUGGUGAUUAUGUGGACAGAGGUUAUUUUAGUAUAGAGUGUGUCUUAUAUUUAUGGGUCCUGAAGAUUCUAUAUCCAAGUACAUUAUUUCUCCUGAGAGGCAACCAUGAAUGCAGACACCUUACUGAAUAUUUUACCUUUAAGCAGGAAUGUAAAAUUAAAUAUUCAGAAAGAGUCUAUGAAGCUUGUAUGGAAGCUUUUGAUAGCUUGCCUCUUGCUGCACUUUUAAACCAACAGUUUCUUUGUGUUCAUGGUGGACUUUCACCAGAAAUACACACACUGGAUGAUAUUAGGAGAUUAGAUAGAUUCAAAGAGCCACCUGCAUUUGGACCAAUGUGUGACUUGCUAUGGUCCGAUCCUUCUGAAGAUUUUGGAAAUGAAAAAUCACAGGAACAUUUUAGUCACAAUACAGUUCGAGGAUGUUCGUAUUUUUAUAACUAUCCAGCAGUGUGUGAAUUUUUGCAAAACAAUAAUUUGUUAUCGAUUAUUAGAGCUCAUGAAGCUCAAGAUGCAGGCUAUAGAAUGUACAGAAAAAGUCAAACUACAGGGUUCCCUUCAUUAAUAACAAUUUUUUCGGCACCUAAUUACUUAGAUGUCUACAAUAAUAAAGCUGCUGUAUUAAAGUAUGAAAAUAAUGUGAUGAAUAUUCGACAGUUUAACUGUUCUCCACAUCCUUAUUGGUUGCCCAAUUUUAUGGAUGUUUUCACAUGGUCUUUACCGUUUGUUGGAGAAAAAGUGACAGAAAUGUUGGUAAACGUUCUGAGUAUUUGCUCUGAUGAUGAACUUAUGACUGAAGGCGAAGACCAGUUUGAUGGUUCAGCUGCAGCCCGGAAAGAAAUCAUAAGAAACAAAAUUCGAGCAAUUGGCAAGAUGGCAAGGGUCUUCUCUGUUCUCAGGGAGGAGAGUGAAAGUGUGCUGACACUCAAGGGCCUGACUCCCACAGGGAUGUUGCCUAGUGGAGUGUUGGCUGGAGGACGGCAGACCCUGCAAAGUGGUAAUGAUGUUAUGCAACUUGCUGUGCCUCAGAUGGACUGGGGCACACCUCACUCUUUUGCUAACAAUACACAUAAUGCAUGCAGGGAAUUCUUUCUGCUUUUUAGUUCUUGUCUCAGCAGCUGACACAAGCAGAAUACUGUAUGAUAGGUAGUAUCGGAUUAAUAACCUGACCAGGGCAGAAAAUUGAUAGAAUCAGUAUUCUUUUCAAUUGAAAAUAAUGAUCAAUCUCUCAGCUUUUCAUGAAAUGAUAUGGGGGUAACUCAUAUCAUAAUGCCUAAAAUAUUUAUUCAUUUGUCUA